AUGACGUCCCAUCGCAACUACCAAUGGCUCCGCAAUCCUAUUACUGGUGAUCAGAAGUGGAUGUUGUACAUUAACUACACGCACAAACGACAGUGGCUGAGCGCUAGUCAAACAGGUGCAGUAACGUCUAAGACUGAUCCGCACUCUAAGAAGGUGAUGCUCAGCGUAUGGUGGGGAGUUAAUGGAAUUAUUCAUUGGGAUCUUCUUCCAAAUGGUUACACCAUCACUGCUGAUAUGUACUGUCAACAAUUAGAUCGGCUUGCACAAAAAAUCAAGGGAAAGCAAGAUCGAAUUUACUUCUUGCAUGACAACGCGAGACCUCAUGUUGCAAAGUCGACGCGUCAAAAAUUAUUGGAGCUUGGAUGGGUCACUAUUCCACAUCCACCUUAUUCUCCGGACUUGGCUCCUACAGACUACCAUUUAUUUCGUUCUCUGUCUAAUCAUUUACGCGAGAAAAAAUUCGACGACGAGAACGACCUCAAAAUAGACCUCCUCAACNGUUCUCUGUCUAAUCAUUUACACGAGAAAAAAUUCGACGACGAGAACGACCUCAAAAUAGACCUCCUCAACUUCUUUGACCAAAAGCCCCAGGACUUCUACGAACGCGGGAUCCUUUCUCUACCUGAGCGUUGGCAACAAGUCAUAGAUAGUAAUGGAGCAUACAUUGUUGAAAGUUAG